AUGAACAUUGACAAAGAAGUUAAUACUGAUCAAAAGGUGGUAUUUAAUAGAAAUUACGUUAGUGGUUCUGGACAUUAUGUUGAUGUAAUAUAUGAUGCUAAGGAUGUUAAUAAGGAGGGUUUUGAUAAGAAAUAA